AUGGGAGCUGGCGCAGUUGCUGCAGCCACCUGCGACGCCAGCGUGCUGGAUGCGGUUGUGGCAGCCGGCUGCACCACACGCAACAACGCACCGCUGCUGGCGCGGCUGCGUGCGCCGCCCAGCAAGAAGUACCUGGGCUUCUGCCCCGGCGGCUCACGGUGGGAGCAGCUGGCGAUAGAAGUGGACGCCGUCCUCAGCGCAGCGGGUAUCUCCGAUGCAUCAUAUGAUCGCGAGGGCAUGGCGGCCAUCGCCCUCGCCUCCAACGCCAAGCUGGCUGCCAGCCACGACCACUUUGCCGCGCACAGUCGAGGCGAUGGUGGCAUGGCUAACAGGCAGCGCAGCACGAGCCCCAGGGCCUGCAGUCCGGUGAGCCACGCCUCCUACCCGCCCGCCUUCAGCGCUGUGCCCCGCACGCUGGGGCUGGCAGGGUACCGCGACUCCUCCGCGCAGCGGCCGCUGCAGCUGCCUCCGACACACAAGCAUCGCCUGCUGGCCUGGUCGUGCUGA